CAAAAAUACUGAAUGUGAGGAAAUAAAUGAAACGUGAGAUGAGAAAAGUUUAACUCGAAUUUUUAAAGUGAGAUUUAACUUAAAACAUACAAUUAUGGGUGCCUGAAGUUUCUAUUGUCUACUAAGUGAUAAAUUGUAGAAAUGGCACGACACCGAAACGUAAGGAAUCGAAGUUAUUCCGACGACUAUGAUUAUGACGAUGUUUACGGACAUUCUGUUGAAGAGGACAGCUGUUUAUCUCCAGGUGAUAACUCGCAAUUCUUGUACGACCGCUCCCGAAAUCAGCAAGCGAUUUCAAGUUUCUUAGAGCAGCACAGUAACAUCGAAGAAGAGGCUGAAGAUGAGGCGGAUGUGUCGCGGCCUUCGCUCGACCGCCGGGACUCCCUCGACCUGCGCAGCCUGCACCUCGACGAGGCCGACGAGGUCCGCCUCAUGUCUUGCCUCGACGAACUACGCAAUGUCCUGGGUGACUCUGUCUCUGACAACAUACUCAUUCAGACAGUCAUCAACCACAAUUAUGAUUUCAACAAGGCAUUAGAUGAAAUACUGAACAGCAAUCAAAGCAAGGAGCCCAAGAAGCCUAAACUUGAUCCAGUUAAACCUGUAGUGCUCGUUGAUAAUGUCAAGGCACCUGUCAUAACUAUUGCUGAUAAGCCAAAAGUAAUUGCUACAAAACUAGAGCCCAAAACUGCAGGGGUCAUCAAAGGAUUUAAGGUAGAUGCAUCAUCAGAAUCUGGCAGCCGUUCUCACACCCCUCGAUCACAGUCACCAGCUGCAGGCUACAUGUCACCUAAACCAGAACAAUCAGAGGAGAGAGUCACUUUUAAAGCAAAAGAAAAUAAGAUUGAUCCUAAUUUACAAUACAGCAAUGAAAGGGGCUCUCAAAAGGAUCAUUUGUACAUUGUAGUGAUAGGCCAUGUUGAUGCUGGUAAGUCCACUCUAAUGGGUAGGCUGCUGUGCGAGAUGGGUGAAGUAAGUCAAAGGACAUUACACAAAUAUGAGCAAGAGAGUAAAAAGAUGGGAAAGCAAAGCUUCAUGUAUGCCUGGGUGCUGGAUGAGACUGGCGAGGAGAGGGUGAGAGGCAUCACUAUGGAUGUUGGACGAGCUCAAUUUGAAACUAAAACAAAGAAAGUUAUUAUAUUAGAUGCCCCUGGCCAUGCUGACUUUAUUCCUAACAUGAUAACUGGUGCUGGACAAGCUGAUGUAGCUCUGCUGGUAAUUGAUGCCACUACAGGAGAGUUUGAAUCUGGCUUUGAGCUUGGAGGACAGACCCGAGAACAUGCUCUACUGGUAAGGUCACUAGGAGUAAGCCAACUUGCAGUAGCCAUUAACAAACUAGACACCACAAAUUGGUCCCAAGAAAGAUUUGAUGAGAUAGUGAAUAAACUGAAAUCAUUCCUAAAGCAGGCUGGCUUCAAAGAUUCUGAUGUUACAUUUGUGCCAUGCUCUGGAUUGACUGGUGAGAACCUGGUGCAGCCACCAACUGAAGCUGGCCUACUUGAGUGGUAUAAGGGGCCUUGCCUGCUGGAUGUUAUAGAUGGAUUCAAUGUUCCAGAAAGACCAGUAGCAAAGCCCUUAAGACUGACAAUAAAUGACAUUUUCAAAGGAACCGGAUCAGGAUUUUGUGUUGCAGGUCGCAUUGAGACUGGGGUGCUAAACAAAGGUGAUAAGGUUCUAGUUUGCCCUCUGAAAGAGAUAGCUGAAGUGAAGAGCUUGAGCAUCAAUGACAUGCCUAAUAAUGUGGCAUUUGCUGGAGACCAAGUCAGUGUAACCUUAUCUGGGAUUGACAUACAGAAUGUGUUUGUUGGAUAUGUGCUAAGCGAUCCAGUGCAACAGGUGCCAGUGACCACAAGAUUCGAGGCGCGCAUUGUAGUUUUUAAUGUGAAAACGCCGAUAACAAAGGGUUACCCUGUGUUGAUACACUACCAGAGUCUGGUGGAGCCGGCAAACAUAGUGAAGCUGAAGGCAUUGUUGAACAAGAGCACUGGCGAGGUGGUGAAGAAGCGGCCGCGCUGCCUGGGGAACAACUCGGUGGCGGUGGUGGAGCUGGAGGUGGGCCGGCCGGUGUGCGUGGAGCGCUACAAGGACGUGAAGGAGCUGGGCCGCGUGAUGCUGCGCGUCGCCGGCGCCACCAUCGCCGCGGGGCUCGUCACUGACAUAUACAACACGUGAACGGCGAUAGUCGUCGCACUGUCUAAUGUACAAUAUUGUAUCGUGCUGUACAGAAAUAGAGGUUAUAAUUAUUUAUAGAAUUAAAAUUGUUUUUUGAA